AUGGUCGAGAUGAGCGCGGCGGACGAGGUGAGUGUAGCGGCAUCGGCGGCGGCCGAGCCGGGUCGACCGCAACCCCCCUUCACGAAGGCCGUCGCCAACUUCUCCGCCCUCGACUACUUCCGCUUCUCCACCAUCACCGCCGUCUCCGUCACCGGCGGUUACCUCUCAGGGAUCAAGCCGAGCAUCCGAGGGCCGUCCAUGGUGAGUGGGGUACUGAUAGGGAUCAUGGGCGGGUUCAUGUACGCGUACCAGAACUCGGCGGGUCGGCUCACGGGCUUCUUCCCCAACGACGCCGAGGUCGCCCGCUACAGGAAGAAGUAGAGCGCCCCGUCGUCGUCGCCGCCGCCGCCGCCAACACCUUUACUACUUGAUUCGGGCUGGCAGGAGCUCCACCAAUCCAAAUCCGUUUGCAUCCCUACUUGUCCCCCAACUCGAGUCCCCCUUCCUCUGCGGCCCCCAGACCCAACCUAACCC